UUCAAACCUUUUCUUCACACUUCUUGAGGGCCAAACAUCCUCCCUCCCCUUCCCAGAUUGAAAGAUAUCUGCUAGCAUUCCUCUCCUCUCCUUACUCCACUCUACUCCAUUUCACUCCACUCUACUCCACUCCACUCCACUCCACUCCACUCCACUCCACUCCACUUCAUUCCACUUCAUUCCACUCCACUCCACUUUAUCUCUUCACUCUUCACUCUUCACUCAGUCUUCACUCAUUCUCCCAUCCUGUUUGUCUGUCAUCUCUUUCAUUUCAUUCCUCAUUUCAAAUCACGCAACCAUGUCUGGGUUUACAACCACAACACUGCCGCCUCCUCGGAAGACCACAACCGCUGCUGCUAAACCCACAAACACAUCCAUCACGAUCCCCCAUGCGACGCGCACAAAAUCUGCAGCGCAGAUUAACUCUCUUUCAUCCACAACCACUAGUUCGAUAUCUCCACCCCCAACAUCCCCUACCGAUAGAACUGGAAGGAUUCGUAGUAAAGAAGGUUUAUCACCAGGUGCGAUCGGAGGAAUUGCGGGCGGGGCAGCCAUGUUGCUCGUGGCACUUAUCGCACUUGUGUUUUACAAGCGACGUAAAAGAGCCACCACAUCCUCAAAAGGUCGCGAUGGAAAAGGAAAGAGUAACACUGGUUCAAAUUUGGGAAUCUCAGGACCCCUUGCCUUGGCUGCCGAAGACAGCGAGAAUGGCCAGGCCAUGACGCUGUUUUUAUCCCAUAGAGCACAGCAACAGCAACAGCAGAAGAGACAACAAGAAGAGAUGAUGGAGCAGCAUCAGGCUCAGUUUGAGCAACAUCUGAAGCAACAGCGGGAACAGCAAUAUAUUAAAGAAAAGGCGAGAGAAGAUCCGAACGGGUCAUCUUCACAAGGUGGACCAGGUUCAGGUAGCAGAUCUCCUCUUCCACUAAAUGGCGAUAGUAAUCGAAACAACCACAACAACAAUAAUGACGGGAAUUUUAAUAUCAACAACAAUAAUUUCAACAAAACCAAUUAUAAUGUAUACAAAUCCACUAACGGCUCGCAUGAAAGCCGGUCACCACUUCAGAAGAAUCACUCCAAUGACCAUAUUGACAACACUAACGGCUGUGAUAAUAGGAGCAACGACAACAGCAGCAGAGGCCCAAGAAGCGGGCCAACACCAUUACCAUCACCACCACCAACUUCAGCGACAAAUUUCCAUGAUAUUCAACAGCAACCUUCAGAUUCACAAGGAUGCAUGACAUCAGUGCCAGAGUACUAUCUUGGUAAAGAAGAUGUUGAUCCGAGACGUGAUCUGCGAGGACUAGAUGAUCCUGAAACCUAUAUUCGAGGCAGAAACACGCAGGGACAGGCACCAUCCAACAUCACCCCUGCUCAUCACCAUCAGCAGCAACAGCCAUUCUAUUCAGAAGACCAAUUCUAUUCGGAGGAUCAAUUCUAUGCAGCAGAUAGCCCUAGAUCAUCCUAUUCAUCCGACGCCGGUAGCUGCUAUUCGACACUCGAAGAAGCUCAGAGGGCACAUCAGCGAAAAAUGAUGGGUCAUAAGGAAAGCAUUGGAUCAGUCCAGGUGCUUGUCGACCGUACAAAUAAUGUUGCCUCAAGACAUUAUUCACCAUACGAACCCAACUUGUACCAGCAGCAGCAGCAACCAUUAUCACCACUUCAACAGCAACGGCAACAAUAUCGACAAGAUGAACACGCCUCCAUGGCUAUUUCAGAUUCAACCAUUUCUAUGAUACCAUCUUUGCCAUCUAGUUCAAGCCCAAUGCCCCUUAGCCCCACCAGCAGUCCUAGCUCUAGUAGCAGAAAUAGAGGCAACAUUAACAGUAAUAGCAGUGAUCGUGGCGGCCGUAGUGGUCAGCCUCUUCCCAUGAUUAAGCCUUCAUCCAAAAUCCAUCGUGGCGGCCCGGAUUCGCCGCUCUCGCCAUAUGCCCAAAACACAAUUAGCGAGGAUUUUGGAGACAAUGAAUCUCGUGUUUCAAAUACACAUUGCCAAGGCCCAUUUAGAUACAAUAAUAGUCAAGGAAAGCAAUAUAAUCCUUACUCGUCUAAUAAUGCUCUCUACGGUCCAGGCCCAUAUCCACAUCAAAAUGGAAAUAGCGCAGGCUCAUCGGGGCCAGGGUCAGGGUUCAGUGGCUCUCAUAAUAGAUAUCCACAGUACUCAAUGCAACAGCAUGGAGAUAAUGGAUACGCUCCUCCUCCUGGAGGCUCUGGUGUCCGAUAUGAGUCCCGGUGACGGAACGAGUCGCUCUAAUCAAUAAUAUCUUCCUCAUUAAAAUAAUGGAUAGCUACUAUGGGCAGUAGUCCUGGUCCAGGCUUUAGCGGAUACCACCCUUAUUCAUAACUACAGUGGGAUACGGGACAUAACCAAGAAAUGCACCUACCAGCAUGUUAGAUACAAAAAUAGCAUUACA